AUGGGUCCAUAUAAGCGGAGAAUCGCCGUGGCGGAUGAUUCAGUCACGUCUGCGGUCCAUCUUACUCUACGACAGUCCCUCAUACCCAAUUUCCUAGUUACUAUCCUCUUCUUCCUAUGGGGCUUUGGCUAUGGCUUACUGGAUGUCUUGAACUCCCAUUUCCAAAGCACCCUCAACAUUACGGCCAGCAAGUCCAGCGGUCUCCAGGCGGCUUAUUUCGGCGCGUACUUCAUCUGUCCGUUGACCAUCUCGGGAUGGAUUGUCAGAAGAUUCGGCUUUCGCAUCACAUUUAUGACCGGUCUUGCGGUCCUCGCGGUUGGAUGCCUUCUAUUCUGGCCAAGCGGCGUCAAAAAGUCAUUUGGGGGUUUCUGUGGUAGCAUGUUUUUGGCGCCGGGCUGUCAACUCUUGAAACAGCAGCAGAUCCUCCAAGGGGUCGGAACAUUUGUAGCGCCACUUCUCGCUUCUCGUGUCUUCUUUGCACACACCGUGGAUACGAAUGCUGGACUCAAAAAUGUGCAAUGGGUCUAUCUGGGAGUAGCCUGCUUCGUUGCACUGCUGAUUAUCCUGUUUCUUCUCGCCCCCUUCCCUGAAAUCACCGACGCCGACCAGCAGGCAGUUGAAAUGCAGAUCGGAGAGCAUAUCGCGGAUCCUGGCCCUUUCAAAAAGCAAUACAAUCUUUUCUUAGGGGUAUGGAGCCAGUUCUGCUAUGUGGGAGCCCAGGUCGCAGUUGCAGGAUACUUCAUCAACUUUGCCCAAGAAGCUGGACGUUCCAGCUCUGAAGCUGCGGACCUUCUUGCUGUCGCCCAGGGCCUCUAUGCAUUCAAUCGUUUCCUAGCCAGCGGGUUGAUGAUGAUGAAGGCAUUCAAGCCUCGCUAUAUGCUCGCGGUAUACCUCUUCUUAUGCUUCGUUUUCUCGGUAGCCGCGAUGAACACAUCUGGAACGACGUCUAUUGCCCUCUUCAUUCUGGUGUUCUGUUUUGAAUCCUGCUGCUUCGCAACGAUUUUCACUUUGGCCCUGCGAGGUCUUGGGCGUCACACGAAACGAGGAGGCUCGCUUCUCGUGGCAGCAAUCUCUGGAGGUACUGUCUUUCCUCCUAUGAUGGGAGCUGUGGUUACUAACCGUAAUGCUCAUGUUGCCCUUGCUAUUCCCAUGAUGGGCUAUAUCUUGGCUUGGGUCUUCCCCAUCUAUGUGAACUUCUUCAAUAAAGAGAGCAUGGAUCUCCAUCGGGACACCGAUCUGAACGUCCACCAUCCAGCUGAGAAACCGCUUGAGCUGGAACGAGGCACCAGCAUCGCAGACAAACAAGGGGCCUCGACUGUAGAGCAUACAGAGCAGGUAUCCCGCUGA